AGGAAUGGGUGCAAAUGUUCUCAUUCAGUCGGUAAAUAUUAGAUGUAUGCAUCCUCAACACAGUUGAGUAACUGCAUGGGAGUUCAGAGUCCCAUUGUAUCUUUGACCUUUUGUAGAUUCUCUAGAAAGUUUAAGCUCUCCCUUGUAUUUUAGCACUUUUCUAAAAAAAAAAUGGCAGUAUAAGUCUACUUCAGUAUAUAUAGAAAGGAACGGAAGAGUUUAAUCAGUCUUGUGUCAAGCUUAAGACCGACUGACCAAUUUGUUUUUUAAAAACUCUUUCCCUACUAAAUUCCCAUUCUUAUGUGGAUCUGAUACUCCGAAAAUGGAACAACACUUUUUUGCUUUGUGGUUGCUCUUUCCCUUAUUGACAGGAUUAGCAGAACCAGCUAUCCCAGAGGAUGGCAUCGAGAUCUACAGCAUUCAUGCGGACUGCAAAGUUACAUCAAGGUUUGUUCACACCACCAUCACCAGCAAAGUUGUUAACCGAGCUGAAGAGUCCAAGGAAGCUGUUUUUGAAGUGGAGUUGCCCAAGACAGCCUUCAUCACAAACUUUAGCAUGACCAUAGAUGGAAAAACAUAUCCUGGAAUAAUCAAAGAAAAGAAAUCAGCCCAAGAGCAAUAUGAUGCUGCUGUUUCACAAGGGCAAAGUGCUGGAUUGGUCAAAUCAACCGGAAGAAAAUUAGAACAGUUUCAAGUUAAAGUCAACCUUGCAGCAGCUGCCAAGGUUACCUUUGAGCUGGUCUAUGAGGAGCUGCUAAAACGGAAGCUGGGAAAGUAUGAACUGCUAAUUAAGGUCAAACCCAAACAGCUGGUUAAUCACUUCCAGAUCGAUGUCCAUAUCUUUGAACCACAGGGUAUAAGUUUCUUAGAGACUGAAAGCACGUUCAUGACCAAUGACCUGAAUGACGCCCUCACAAAAGUGCAGAAUGAGACCAAGGCUCAUAUUUCAUUUAAACCAACUUUAACUCAACAAAGAAAAAGCCCCGAACUGGAGGAAACUCUGCUGGAUGGAGAUUUUCUCAUCCGCUAUGAUGUUAAAAGGAGUGCUACUGCAGGUGACAUACAGAUUGUGAAUGGGUAUUUUGUGCAUUAUUUUGCUCCCAGUCAAAUGUCAACAUUUCCCAAAAACAUCAUCUUUGUUAUAGAUAAAAGUGGUUCUAUGUUUGGCAAGAAAAUCCAGCAGACAAAGGAAGCCCUGCAAAAGAUUUUAGAUGAUCUGAACCCUGAGGAUCAUUUUAACCUGGUUGUCUUUAGUGGACAUAUUUCUGAGUGGCAGCCAUCUCUGUUGAUAGCCAGAGAAGAGAACGUGGAACUGGCUAAACAAUAUGUUCGUACUAUUUCAGCACAGGGAGGAACAGAUAUAAAUGGUGCACUUCUAGCUGCAAUAAAUUCACUGGACAAAGCCACUUCUGCUGAAUUGUUGCCAGAGCAAAGUAUUUCAAUGAUUGUGUUGCUGACAGAUGGUCAACCUACUGUUGGUGAAAUAAAUGUCAGGAGUAUUGAAACAAACAUAAAGAGGGCUAAUGAUGGAAAAUACUUCCUCUUCUGCCUUGGAUUUGGUUUUGAUGUCAGCUAUACAUUCCUGGAGAAACUGGCCUUGGAGAACCGAGGCAUUGCUCGUCGUAUAUAUGAGGACUCGGAUGCAGCCUUGCAGCUCCAGGACUUUUACCAGGAGGUUGCUACUCCCAUCCUAAAGGAAAUUGCAAUGACGUACCCAGACAAUGCAGCCCUGGAGAUCACACGGAACAAUUUCAAGGUGCUCUUUGAGGGCUCAGAAAUUGUCGUAGCUGGAAAACUUAGUAAUGAAGUUGAUGUUCUUCCUGUGGAAAUUAAAGCUCAGGCACUUUCCAGUUACCUGACUCUUAAGGAAGAUGCAAAUGUAACAGAAAAGGAGCAAAUAUUUCAACAUCAGGAAUACAUAUUUGGAGACUUCAUAGAGAGACUGUGGGCCUACCUAACGAUUCAACAACUAUUAGAACAAUCUGUUUUAGUUAAAGAAGAAGAGCAGAAAACCCUGGAAACCAAAGCUUUGAACCUCUCUUUGAAGUUUAACUUUGUUACCCCUCUAACUUCCAUGGUGGUCACUAAACCUGAAGCUGAAGAAGUGGCAAACAAACCUACAGAAGCAGAUAAUGAGAAACUCGGAAGACAUGGAAUUCCAGUGUAUGCCACAUCAGGAUCCAGCCAGUCAGCGCAUCAUUUCAGAGGAGGAGGUGUCUUGGGUCUUCCUUUCCGAAACAUGCAUAAUCCAGCAUUUCCCAUAGGUGUCUUGGGUCUUCCUUUCCGAAACAUGCAUAAUCCAGUCUAUGGUGGCACCUUGAGAUUGCCUUCUAUUUCAAUCCAUUUAUCAUAUCCACAUUUCAUCUUGCAACUGCCUAGUGAAAAUGAUACCAUUUGCUUAAUUAUCAACGGACAGCCAGAAAUACCCAUGAACUUGUUAUCUGAUCCUGGAAAAGGAAUCCAGGUGACUGGCAAACUUGGAAAAGGAGGACAAUUUGAGCAGUUUGAAAUAGUCUAUCUAAAGCCUGAAAUGCGAAUCAGCAUCUCAAAAGAUGAAAUUGUCACGAAUGUAAAAUGGAAUGCAACUAUGCUUCCAUUGACAACUACACUUCAAUGGACAUUCAACACAUCUUACAUGCCGAUCCAGGGGGUGAAAAUUAGAAUUGACAAAGAAAAGAGUCUUUUGAUAUCGGGAAUGGGAAUCACAAUAAAAAUAUCCUUUGUGAAGCUUUCUGAACGUUUUCUUGGACUAUACAUCACUGAUGGUCAUUUCUCUGAACAAGUCACUGGAGUUCUUGGUCAGUUUUAUUUUAAUACAUAUUUCGUAAAAGUAUCAAAUUCCAGACUGAGGAAAUCAAUAAUGGUACAAGGACAAAGAUACGAAGCCUUCAGACAAAAUAAGAAAGACUACAGGACAGAGUCGUCUGCUGCUGUUGUUUCCUGUUGGACCUUAGAUCUCAAUCCUUGAGUGUUUUCCCAGCAGCAAAAAUCAUGGAAUUUAAAAUACCACUUUAUGUAUUAUUGUGCUGAUAGUUUAAUUUUCUUCAACUUUAUUUUUCAUGUUUAAAUAUUUUUAGAAAUGUCCCAUGAGAACCAGAAUAAUGAAUUCCAUAAGACUAAGGAACAAAAACGCCUACACAGAAUCCCAGCAUGUGGUGCGGUUAAUAAAAUGAUUUCUCAAAUCUA